AUGAAAUAUUUUUUUGAAGACUGUAAAUAGAGUAUUGUGAUUACAUUAUUAUUUAGGGAAGCUUUUAGAUUAUGAUUAUCUAAAGGGGCAGCCAAUGUAAUUCUAUGAUAAAAUACACGAAACGUACAAAUACGCUAUUUUUUCUUAUAUUUGUAAAGGUUAGUACAACUUAAUAAUUUCAAUUAGGGAUAUCACUAGAUUAUUUAUAAAAAUACAAAGAAGCGAUUGCUUGCUAUGAUCAAGCUCUUAAGUUGAAUCCUUUAAAUCAGGAAGCAUUUAAGUAUAAAGGUAUCCCUUAUAAAUAUAUUAUUAGGAAUUUCUUUAUCCUAACUUGAACUCAAUGAGAAAUCUAUUUAAUGCUACAAUUAAUAUAUUAAGCUAAAUCAACAAGACACAGAAAUAUACUAUCGAAAAGGUACAUGAAAUAAGAAAAAAAGGAAUUUCAUUACAGUUUUUAGAUCGAUAUGAAGAAGCUCUAACAUGUUAUGAUUAAGCUCUACAAUUGACCUCUUAAUUUAUUUAGAAUAAUUAGGGUAAUGAACCACCAUUCAUCAAUAGUCAAAGCCCAGGCUUAAAUUCCUCAAAAGUUAAAAAAUCAAUAUGAAGAUACUAUUUCUUCGUAUAAUGAAUUUCUUUAAUAGAAUCCAAAACAUCUUUAAACAUAUAUUAAUAAAGGUAAAAUUAGAUCAUAAUAAUUUUUAAGCAAUAUUACUAAACUAAUUAGAGAGAUUUGAAGAGGCUUUGAUGUGCUAUAAUUAAGCAAUCCAUUUAAAUGCAAAGAACUUUGACGCAUUAAAUGGCAAAGGUAUACAAUAAUAUAUUCUUUUAGGAAUUUCAUUACAUUAUCUAAAAAGAUAUUAUUUGGCACUUGAUUGCUUUGAUAAAGCUCUGAAAGUUAAUGCUUCAGAAAUUAAAGCACUUGUUAAUAAAGGUAACAGANCAUCCCAAUAAUAUAAGAACUAUCCAUCAUUAGUUUAUGAUCCAAAUAUUCGAGCAAAUUUACAAGUAAUAACUCCUGCAAUUUUGAUUUCAUCAUUUAUGUAUUACUUUAGUACAUAUAUUCUUAUUUUAUAUUUGACGCUUACUAUCUUUCUAUUAAUUAUAACAGAUUGA